AUGCUGGAGCUGCCGGGGCGCCCUGGCAUGGCUGAGGGGUGGCUGAGCCUGCGGGCGGCUGAGGCCCGAGGCCAGGAGGGGGGCAUGGGCGACUCGAGCAACCUGGACGACAGCCUGACCAGCCUGCAGUGGCUGCAGGAGUUCUCCAUCAUCAACGCCAACGUGGGCAAGUCGUCCUCGUGCCCCAGCGGCCCGGACCCCCACGAUUACCACCGCAUCCCCGGUUUCGCCGCCCCGUGCUCGCCCCUGGCCGCCGACCCGGCGUGCAUGGGGAUGCCCCACACCCCCGGCAAGCCCACCUCGUCCUCCACCUCGCGGACGGCCCACCCGGCCGUGGGCAUGCAGCCCCCCGCCGAGGACGUCGACUACAAGAGCAACCCGCACGUCAAGCCGCCCUACUCGUACGCCACCCUCAUCUGCAUGGCGAUGGAGGCCAGCAAGAAGACCAAAAUCACCCUCUCGGCCAUCUACAAGUGGAUUACCGAUAAUUUCUGCUACUUCCGACACGCCGACCCCACCUGGCAGAACUCCAUCCGGCACAACCUCUCCUUGAACAAGUGCUUCAUCAAGGUGCCUCGGGAGAAGGACGAGCCAGGGAAAGGCGGGUUUUGGAAGAUCGACCCCCAGUAUGCCGACCGGCUGAUGAACGGCGCCUUCAAGAAACGGAGGAUGCCCCCAGUGCAGAUCCACCCGGCCUUCACCAGCAGAGCCCAGCAAAAAGUGCGCUGCGUCGCCGGCCCCGUGGCUUCCACUUGGACCAACGGUAACAUCCUCAACGUCAACAUGGAGUCCCAGCAGCUGCUGAAGGAGUUUGAAGAAGUCACUGGUGACCAGAACUGGAACCUGGCGGACAGAAAGGCAGGCCACAAGCGCAAGCAGCCCUUGCCCAAGCGUACGGCCAAGUCAGCUCGGCUUUCCAACCCUGCCUUGCUCACCCAGGAGGAGCAGACCGAGCUGGGAUCGCUGAAGGGUGACUUUGACUGGGAGGCCAUCUUCGACACCAACUUGAACGGAGACUUCUCCACUUUCGAGGACCUGGAGCUCACGCCUCCCAUCAGCCCGAUAAGGCGCGACGUGGACUUGACGGCGCACGGGCGCCACAUCGACUGUCCCCAGGAGUGGUGCACCACUGGGCACGAGCAGGUCCUCAGCGAAUCCAGCCAGAACAACCUGGACUUUGACGAGACCUUCAUGGCCACUUCUUUCCUGCAGCACCCCUGGGACGAAGGCAGGAACGAUUACCUCUCCAGCUCCGUCGGCGUGGAGCAGUUGUUUGAGCUCAGCGACACCUCUUUGCCUGCGGAUGUGAACGACUGGAGCAGCGUGGGAUCCUUUUUAUAAGUG